GAAGAUGAGUUUUUUAACAUGGCCAAGACAAGAGAGUGUGUGAAGAAACAAGCACAGUAUUAUUUCUCAGACCUUCAGUAUCUGGAAGGUCAGACAGAUUGUGAAGUCAGAAAUAUCAACUGCUCAAGAGAGUUUGUAGUCCAUAGUGUGAAUGACACAAACUUGGUGAUGGUGAUCAGUCAUGCAGAGAAAGAUGGCUGUGACAAGUGUAGACAGAAAAUCAACCCAAAAGAUCUCAUACAGGAGCCAAUCGAGCCCUCGGAAGAGGAAGUUGAUGCACAUUUUUGUCAUAUGAAGCCAAGAUACAGAAAAUCUACAAGUCACUGUUAUGAUAGUCAUCCAAUGGAAAAUACAGAUAAAUGUGCAGCAGCUCUAACACAUCCUGUUUCCAUGGUGAUUGUUGUCCUUGUCUCCAUAGCAACCAUUCUGCUUAGCAACCGGUGAUGAUAAAACAAUAGUAGAAAAGCAGCACAUUCCCUUCAAGAGUAUUUUCAUGCAGAAGAAAUGAUGAACCACCUGUUUUUGACCACACUGUUUGCUCUGUGUAUUUUACAUUCAUAGGAAUUGAUAUUUCGCUCCAAAAUGUUUGCAAAAAAACUCCUUAAAGUUAACGUUAAUGGCGAAAUGUUUAAAGAUGUCAGAUUUAGGUGUCUAAACACUAUCUGGUUUAUAUACGGAAUUUGCAUGUUAAAGAACAGAUCACUAAAAUGUGCCAAAGAAAAGAAUGUGGUUUGUUUUUGUUUUGUUGUAUAUAUUUUUGCUAUAACUCACUGUAGCUGUGGGUUCCAUGUGACUACAUAGUAAUAUAAAAAGGAAAGUUGUGAUCCAGAUUGAAUUAAUAAUGUAUAUUUAUUGCUGUUUAUGAAAAAUGAAAUUAACUAUUAAAGAUAUAAAUUGCUGUUAAGGAGUUAAGAUUAUGGUAUAAGAUAUAAGGCCCGCAUAUUUUUAAGACAACCAUGUGUUUCAUACCAGAAUGGAAAUUACUAAACCAUUAUAUAUAUAUUAUAUUUACAGUUUUAUUUUCUCUUUCUUUCCCAUUAAUUAAGUUGGUCUGAUGUUGGUUACUUAGAAAUAAUAGAUCUCUAAAUGGUCAGUAAAGGCCAGUUGUUGGAAUAGAAAAAAACAUUUUAAAGUCACAUGCCCUGCAAGUUUUCUAUGGAUAUUGAGUAAUGAACAUUAUAUCUCAGCAAUGUGUGGUAUGCAAGCAAUCGUAGCUAGUCAAGCAUUGUUACCUCUACACCAUACCACCUUUAAAUGGCAUCAUAGCAAUGACACUUCAUAAAGCAUUUAAACAUACAAGUUGUACAAGUGUAUGUUUAGUAUUGGGAUUGCAGAAGCAAUGCCAGUUUCAUAGGUUGGAAAUAGCAACACAACUUCUUUGCUGAUUUGCUUUUUGUGAGAAACGUGGUGUUUUCUAUACUGAUAAUAUAAGACUUGCCAUUUGGUAUAUUGUAUGAUAAAUGUACAUCUAUUUUGUUUCUGUUGUAUAUCCUAAGUUUAUAAUAUACCUUCAAACUUUGUUAUUUUUUACUCCAUGAAGAUUUUUUUAACUGAAAGAAUAGUCCCUUACUUAAUGACCAAAUAUUUGUAGUUUUAUUAUAUUGGGAUUUCAGAAGUCCCUGCCUUUUGAUAGAUAUGAAAUGGCAGAUUUAAUUAAAGUUUGUUCUUUUUAUAAGACUGAUAGAAAUGAAAGGUUGCAAUAGAAUUAAAAUCUUUCUGUUAACUGGAAUCAUAUGAAGUUGAUAACAUUCUUUAGUGAUGUUAUUAUCAUAGUUUUAAAUGAAAAACUUAAAAUGUUAACUUUGGUAGCAUGUUACAGUCACAAUUUAUAAUGAAAUGUAUGUUGUUUGGUAGCUCUGUCGGUACAUCAUCAGAAUAAUACAUGCUUUCUCAAUUUUGUGGUAGAGGGGUCAGAAAUUGAAUUACUUGAUGAUGUUGUAAAUAGUUUUCUGUGGAUAUGUGGUGCUCCCCUAUGUGCUGCCUUCUGUAUAUAGAAUGUGACUGUCCUUUGCUUAGAAACCUUCACUUAGAGCAUCAUUAUAGAAAUACCAUAUUGAGGAACAGUGAAUAUCAUUGACACAAGGAGAAUACUAUCAACUAAGGGAGAAAUUACAAUUCACUGCAUUUUCCUAAAUGUUGACAAUAUCACUGAUUAUGUACAUUUCACAUUUAUCUUGUAUUUUUGGAGAUUAUUCAAUCCUGUUUCUACAGUAUUGUAAAUUUGAGGUUAAUUUGUUUACAGUUGUUAACACAUUAAAAGGCCCUCAAACUUUAGUAAAAAUAGAAAAUCAUACAAGCUCUUUAAAAACCCUGUUUGUGCAUGAACUUGAUCAUAUAACUUGGCAUAACUGUACAUAUACUUGAAAAACACCAUCUAGUUAACAUUUUUGUCUGUGAACAUUUUAAAAAGUGUAGUCUGCUAUGUUAAUGAAAAAAAAACAUGUAUUAAUUUUUGUUACUAUUUUUAGGAACAUAUUAAAUAGUUAUUACAAAAUGGUAUUUUUUUUUUUUUACAAUAUUGGUGCAGAAGUAAUAGCUUUAUUCUAAUAUAGCAUAAUUUUUAUCACUUAAACUGUUAAAUUUCUAUAAUGAACUUGUCCAUCUUUCAAUUUGGAGAGUACCAUUAAAUGUUAAAAGGGGUGCUUACCAAAAAGAUACUGACUGAAUGGCGAACAGUGCUGAUCAUGAUCUGCACUGUUUGCAAAGGCAGAAUAAAUCAUGUCCAGCAUGAUAAGGGUUAAAGUGAAAAUAUAUACCAUUUUGUGAUUCAUAGUUUGAUAAACCAAGGUUCAUUGUUCAGAUGAUUCAAUAUUUAACCACUCUGCUCAGUAAUCAUGGUUCAAUUCCUGCAUGAUUGAACUCUGAAACAUGGUAAAUCAGAUUAUAAACCAAAUAUAGGUCUUAUUUAUUUACUUAUUGCCAGUUGUAAACCAAAGAUAAAUAGAAGCCUAUAGAUGUUGCCAAAAUAUAAAGUAUUCCUGUGUUACCUAAACAAACGUGUGAUCAGUGAUUUUCAUGUAUUUGUAAUCAGCAUUUACAGUAGAUUUUUGCACAGAUGGCAUUUGUUUUUCAUUGCACUCAAUUAGAAAUUUUGUAUAGAUUUGUAACUGUUAGUAUAACAGAGCACUGGUGGUGUCCAUCACUUACAGAAAUGAAAUGAAAUUGGAAAAAAUAUGAGAAAACAAAAUUUCUGUUAUUUAUACGUACCGGUAACUUUCUUUUUAAUCAGCUAUGCCUUGUGUGCAGUAAAAAGUUAAUAGUUUGAUUUUAUAGGUUUUCACAAUCUGUUCUUCAAAGAUAUAAUUGAUCAAGACCUCUUAAAAGUGAUUUCGUUUUUAAAUUUAAAGUGUUUGCAUUGAAAUCUAUAUUCCUGUACCUAGAUUUGUUGUACAUGUAUUUCCAUCUAAUGUUUAGAAAGUAUAAUAUAUUGUGAUGGCCUAUAUUGCUUAAUUUGUUAAAUGUCUAGAUUAACACAGUCUUACUCCCUGUGAUUUUAUUGUAAUUUCAAAGUUUACUUGAAUGUUACAGAAAAUUCCCUACAUUUAAAUAUGUGUUAAUUGAUUGUGGUGUAUGUUUUCAUAUUAUCCUAAUGUAGUUUUGCAAGCAAGCUUACGUCUUCACAGGUGGUCAACCAUUGCCUACAAUCUGACUUAAGUACUUGAUCUUCUAAACGAAGAUCUGAGAACGACCCAUUCACAUUCGUCUUCUGUAUAUUUUGGAUUUCCAGUAUUGCUAUUUUUAUUUUAUCCAACCAGACGACUUGUUCAAAUGUCGAAGAGUAAGAAAAAUGUGCAGUCAUUCCAGGGCUCAAACCCGGGAUCCCUCGCUUACAAAGCAAGUGGCCUACCGACUGAGCUAACCGGCUAACUGAUACCUUACGAUAUUAGAAUUGUAAAUAUCAAAAGUCAAGGCUACAGGUAGAUUUGCAAGAUGUUGUAAGUUAGGCCCUGAUUGGCUAGCGAAAGGGUCGCCAGAACGAGGCAAUGAAUAGGUCGUUUUCAGAUCCUAUGCGUAGCGUAAUAGGAGAUGUAUUUUAGUCAGAUUGCCAUUGCCUAUAUUCCUGAGAGAUUUUCUAUAUUUUUGAAGGACCUGUAUUUUCCUAAAUUCUGAAUACAUGAUUAUUAUCAGAUAAUUUUUAUUUUAAGAUAUUUAAGUGUAUUUUUUGAAGUGAAAAGUGCAGAUUUGAUAUUUUAACUAUUUAUCCUUCACUUAUAAAUAAAGAGAUUAAAUACUUGCUAACCAGUUCUUCUAUUCGUAUUAAUGUAAGUAAGUCUUUUCAUGACACAUAAUUUUAACCCUUACCCUGCGAAAUUUCUAUAAUGAACUUGUCCAUUUCUGAUUUGGACAUUACCAUUAAAUGUUGAAAGGUGUGCUUUCCAAAAAAUUACUGGCAGAAUAGCGAACAGUGCAGAUCAUGAUCAGACUGCAUGGAUGUGCAGGCUGAUAAUGAUCUGCACUGGUCGCAAAGUCAAAACCAAUUGUGUCCAGCAUGGUAAAGGUUAAAGCAAUUACUUUUUUUGACCAUAUUUCACUGAUUCAUGUGUCGAGCUCAUGUUGCAAAACCUUUCAGUGAUUUUGAUAAAAAAAAUCCAAUAUUUAUCCCUAUAAUUUUAGGAAAUAUAAUUGACAGAUUAUGAAACUGUUCUCUUACAGAAUACUUGUAGGUCUGCUUCACUUAAAUGUAACUAGAAUUGUCACUGCACAUUUUUCCUGUAGAUGCCUCUAUUUUCAUUAUAAGAGUGAUGUGUAUAUUUUUUCACUGAAAUAAUUUAUUACAUAUAUUCUUAUUCAUAGUUUCCAUAUUGAAUGUGUUUGUUUUACAAAUAUGUUACGCCCAUUUUAAAUGUUAUUGUUCAUAAUUUAACAUUUUUGCAGUGCAAUAGUUUGUUGUUUAUACCCAAGAGUUUAGUAAAUUGUAUUUACAUGUAUAUAGCAGCAUCAUUUUUUGCAUGCAUUUAAGUGUAUUAUACCAUGUUACAAUUUUGAUAGUGUAAUAGAAAGAGAGAAAGGUUCUUGUAUAAAAUACAGAAAUGUAUGUGAGAAGAAAUGAUUGUACGGAAAAGUUUGUAAAUCUAUGUCCAUAUUUUGAGCCAUACUCUCCUCUUGUAAUUUUGCCAAAGUAAAAAUUUUAUGGAUUAAGUCAGUUUGAAUCAGAAAGUAUGUCGAUUCUUUUAUUAUUUUUUUUGGUCAGUUUUCUUUGAAAUAGACUGGUUUUCAAACAAAACAGCCAGAGAAAUCUCUCGGUGUUCAAGUCUUUAAAUGACAACCCAGCUUUAGAUUUCAAUUUUAGAAGUAUUUGCCUGAAACUAAUUUGAUGUGAAUGUUGAAAUUCUUCUUAUCUACCAGUAGUAAUCAAACAUUUAUGACAAAUUUUUCACUGAAUUAUAGAAAACUAAGAGUGAAAUAUAUCUGGUAUUUUCACAGUGAAAAAAAAUCAAAUAUAAUUUUCACUGGUAAGAAACUAUAAAAUGGGUGUAUUUAGUCAAAACAUGAAAUAAAAAGGUUUUUUAUUGUUUUGCAUGUAAGAUCAAAGUAACUUUCACUAAUGAACACCAUAUUAUAUAUUUUCACUUGUAUGCCACUCGUGAAAAUAUUGCAUAUGAUGUUCACUUGUGAAAGAUAUUUCAAUUUUACACUGAAACAAACAAAUAUUUUCUAUCUAUGAUUGAACUGUGGGGAAACAUGUGAAAUAGGUUGAUAUAUAAUAGGAAGAAAAAUUGGCAACAUAAGUUCGUGUAAACCAGAUAAUGAAUAUCAUGAACAGUCAGAUACUGUGAAAUCCGUUAUAUGAGUAGUGGACUAAUUUUCUCGGUUGAGUAUAUCCACAAAAUUAAAUUCCAACAAACAGGUACAAUUUCCAAUUAUUAUGUCUCCCACCACACAGAGGUGUGGGAGACAUAUUGAUUUACUCCUGUCUGUGUGUGUGUCUCUCACAAAGCUUGUCCGCACUCUAAGACGAACAUUUCUCAUCCAAUUUUCACCAAAAUUGAACAAAAUGUGUUUGCCAAUAAGUGCUCAGCCAAGUUCGAUAACUAGUCAAACUUCUGAAUUAUGGCCCUUGAAUUACCAAAAAAACGUUCCGAUUUCUUGCGCAUUAUUGACCUCAAAAGGACCCCUAUACUACUUUUAAAAGUAGCAUAGGGGUCCUUUUGGUGUCAAAAAAGCGCAUGCGCAUGUGCUCUAAGUAAACCGUAUAUAAAGACCGACUUAAUAUUUAGAUGAUUAGGCAGUUUUGGAAGACAUGCGCUUUUCUCAAAAGCAUCUCUAGUUUUAUAUUUAAAAUUGGAAAUCCAUGAAAUUGUAUCCCAUGACAUUUUUUUUUUUUUUUGCCUAAACUAUAAAAUAGUGUAUACAUGAAAUUAAAUGAUUUCUCAGUAACAUAGAACUCAUAGGUAUUUUUUCAUUCUUUAAAGUUUUCCCUGUUUAGUAAAAGGGACCUUAAAAGUAGUUUUAUGAUGAAUACUUUCUUAUGCUGGGAUUUCAGCGAUGCUUGUUGAAGAAUGUAUGGUUUUAGAAUGACUGAACGGAACACUUAGCAAGUCUAAAUUUUUGUCACAAGCUAGCUAAUUUAGCCAUUGUCUAAGUUAGAUUAUGUUAGCAAUUAAAAUGUUUUUGACUUUCACUUACUUUUUAAAUUCCUUUGAAAGAAAUAUUAUUUAUUUGUACAGAACAUUCUAUUAUAUAAUGUAAAUACCUUACAAAUAGAACUAGGAAAAAUUUUCAAGUCUUUCUAUGAAGUAAAAUGUGACUUUGUUUGGUUAUUUACUUUUCUUUGACAGAUGUAAAAUUGGUUAGUGAAUCCUAUUUGUUGAUAUUUUAAAGCCUGUUUUUUCCUUUUUGGAUAAAUCGUUUUCCAAUAAA